AUGGAUACCUCGCAGAGGCACUCGCAAAAUGUCUGCUCUGGGUCUGGCACCGACGGCGGCCACGCGCCGGACAUCGAGAUGGUGAUGGCCUCACGGGGCAACACCCGAAACGAAAGCGGCACCCAUCUCAUGGCAGACACCGACAUGAGCCAGGCACGGCGCUCCGACACAAACGAGAGCUUCCCCGAUGGCGGGAUGCGCUCGUGGCUGGUCGUCCUCGGGUCCUUCCUCCUCCUCAUGGCAACCUACGGCCUGAUGAACUCGGUCGGCGUGCUACAGUCCUACCUGGAGACCCACCAGCUCUCCGACUACUCCAGUCGCGACGUCGGCUGGAUCUCGGGAGUGUUCGUGUUCAUCUCGCUGGGUCUGGGGGUCUUCGUUGGACCGCUGUUCGAUGCGUACGGCCCCAAAGAACUGGUCAUCGCGGGUUCGGGUCUGUACACCGCCAGCCUGUUCCUCACCGCGGAAUGCACGCGGUACUGGCACUUUCUGCUGUGCUUCGGGUUCGCGGCGGGCAUCGGCGGUGCGCUGGUCAGCACGGUGGGCAUGUCCUGCGUGCCGCACUGGUUCCAGGUGCGCGCGGGCAUGGCCCUGGGGACGGCCAUGGCCGGCGCGGGCUUGGGCGGUGUGGUGUUCCCGUAUGUGCUGAAGGGGACGUUCUCGAAGCUGGGGUUCAAAUGGGGGAUGAGGAUUCUUGCGUUUGUGAUCAUGUUCGCGUGUGGGCUGGGCUCGUUCCUGGUCAAGUCGCGACUGCCGAAGGGCAAGAAGCUCAAGUCGGCGAUUGAUAUCCGGUGUUUCAAGGAUGCGCGGUUUACGUGGCUGAGUGUGGGGAUUUUCUGUCUUGAGCUUGAAGUGUUCGCCCUCAUCGGUCUCUUCCCGACCUACGUGGUGAAACAAGGAUUCAGCGUUAACACGAGUGUCAAUCUCAUCGCUGUUCUGAAUGUCUGCUCCUGUGUCGGACGACUGAUCGCAGGCCGCAUUGGCGACAGAUAUGGACGAUUGAACGUCCUCAUCGUGCUCAUUACAUCCGCCGUGUUUGCGAUCUUCGUCAUCCUGUACCCGUUCAGCCAUUCUAUGGCAGCACUCUACGCGUUUAGCGCUAUAUACGGGAUGUGCUCGGGGUCGUUCAUCAGUCUUGCCCCAGUGUGCAUUCGUCAAGUGUCACCCGCAAAAGAGAUUGGAAUGCGGUUUGGGACGUGCUACUGCCUGGUUAGUUUUGCGUAA